UUGUGUCGCAUAAUUGUUGUGCAUUACUAACAAACACAAUAGCUUAUAAUAGUGCUCACAAAAAAAAUUUGUAUAAAAAUAUUAUAAAUAGAAAUAUUCGGCAUAAAACCCACUAUGACUUCGCGAAACCCACAGACGCUUAUGGCACUGCCUAAUGAAGAGAGUUUUGAUUUUCUGUUCAAAGUUGUGCUUAUUGGUGAUUGUGGAACUGGAAAAACUUGCAUUGUGGAGCGUUUUAAAACUGGAAAUUUUAUUGAAAGACAUGGUAAUACCAUUGGCGUGGACUUUUCUAUGAAAACCGUUAAUAUUGAAGGAAAGCAAAUCAAGCUCCAAAUUUGGGAUACUGCUGGUCAGGAACGUUUUCGAACAAUUACUCAGAGUUAUUAUCGUUCUGCAAAUGGAGUUAUAAUUGUAUAUGACAUAACCAAGAGAUCUUCGUUUUCGAAUCUUCAAAAAUGGAUUGAAGAAGUUCGGCGCUAUACGGCAUCAAACGUGUUACUCAUAUUAAUUGGUAAUAAAUGUGAUCUUGAUGAGGAACGAGAAGUUGAUUUUGAAGAAGCGAAGCAAAUGUGCCAAUAUAUACCAGAAAUACUUUUUGUCAUGGAAACAUCGGCGAAGCAAAAUACAAACGUAGAGGAUGCCUUUGUCUGCUUAGCUAUGGAAUUGAAGCGGCGCCAUGAUGCUAACACGGUGGAAGCGGACAACGAAGAAGCCAUACGACUAGGGCACAGCAAACCACUUAAUAAUUGCAGCAGCUCUUGCAAUUUAACAUAAUAUGUGGUAAACCGAUCAGUUAUUGUAGUAAUGCCAGCAAUUUAACAUAGGUUCUCGAAAAUUAACUCGAUAUUUUAACAUUGGACAAGCCGUUAUUUUUAAUUUAUUAACCUAUACAUACUAUCAUAAGUUUAAUUAUUAUUACAGUUAAAUACAAGCUUAACAUUAGUAUAAGUAUAUUUAUAUAUGUGUGAAUGGUACAUUAAUCAUGUAAUUCUCUAGUAAUAUGUCAAAACUUACAAUCAAGUACAAAAUUCAUGUAUAAAUAAAUAAUAAAUCGGGCAAAUUAUGGAUCGAUUUUUAUAACAACAAAUUUCGUCCAAACUAUAAUAUUCCACAAAAUAUUUUAUCAAAUAUAGACAUUUACCUUUCAUUAUUUGGGCUUCUCUCAAGUCCAUAUUUUAUGACUAGUAUUCAUUUAGAUGUGAAUAAAUUAUUAAUUUGAAUCAAGAAAAAUUCUUGCAUAUUAUUUAUAAUUCUGAAUACCAAAUUGUUAAACAAUCGUUUUCAAUUGCUAUUCCUAAUCACAAAUCGAUUUU